GAAAGGCCGACGGGCCCACCAGCGGAGCUGCCAUGGAUGGUGCGCAAGGAGGCCUUGCUGUCCCUGGUGCGCCAUGGCGCGCGCGGCAGCCAAGAAGCCUUGAAGAAGUUGCUGCAAGAGCACCCGAACGAGCUUCUCGAGCGUGACUUCCUGGGCCUGAUCCGAUGCUUGGGUCGAAGAAGCGCAUGGCAAAGCUCCAUCCAGGUCUUCGAUUCCAUGACACGGGCAGGGCACGAGCCGAAAGAAUUGCAUUACACGGCGGCCAUGCGUUCCUGCGCCCAAGGCGGUGCCGCCGCCGCCACUGCCCUGCGGCUCUUCGGAGAGCUGCCGGCGCCCACGGCGCCGGCCUUCACCGCGGCCAUCGCCAGUUGCGGUGUGGCCAGGGAAUGGGAGUUGGCGAUCGACAUGCUGCAUGCAAUGGCAAGAGCUCAACAUCAACCAGACCUGUUGGCCUUCAAUGCAGUGCUGACGGUGUGCCGCCGGGCGCAAAAGUCCAAGUUGGCGCUGAAACUCAUGGAGGCGUUGCGUCAGCAGCAGCUGCAGCCCGACGUCAUGACCUACAGCGCCUGCGUUUCCGCCUGCGAGGAGGUCGCCCGAUGGAUGCGUGCCGUGACCUUUCUGACGGAGAUGCGGCGGGACUCCGUGGCUCCCAACGUGGUGACCUUCAGCAGCGCCAUUUCGGCCUGCGCCAAAGCGCGCCUGUGGGAUCGGGCCUUGAGCGUCAUGGCAGAGAUGAGGGAGAGCCAGGUGGAACCCAAUAUGGUGACCCAUUCAGCGGUGCUCUCAGCCUGUGAGAAAGCUGGGCAAUGGCAGUGGGCCCUGAAGCACUGGCUGGAGAUGAGGAACGCAGGUCUGCGGCCGAACCGUAUGAGCUACUGCGCCGUGAUGGGUUCCAUGGGCCAAUGCCUAUAUUGGCAGCAGGCCUUGGAAUCGUUGGAAGAAAUGUGGCAAGCAGUUGUGACGCCCGACCUGCGCAAUUACACCAUGACGCUAAGCGCGCUGGAGAAAUCCAAGCAGUGGCAAUGGGCAGUGGAGCUUCUCUCCAACAUGAGCAUCCGGAAGUUGAAACCAGACUUGAUUUGUCGCAGCAUCGUGAAACGUGCCCGCUUUGCUGGCAGCUUGGGACGCAAGAGUCGUCGCAAGCACUUGAUUAGCAGAGCUGGGCAAAAAGGGACUUCUUUGGUUUCAGAUUCACUUGAGCCAUUGAACAUACUCCUGUUGAUUGGUUAUUAUAGUUGGUUCUUUUCUACUUACUUGAUUUGUUGGGUCUCUAUAUCUAUUUUGGUUAUAUUUAAUUAUAUAUGUAUAUACUAUAACAUAAUAUAA